AUGCGGCCCCAAUAAAGCAGAAGCCCUAUUGUAUCCCACCCGAUAAGCAAGAAUUCCUUCAACAAGAAAUCGAAAAGAUGAAAGAAUUAGGUGUUAUUCGACCCUCCACAGGACCUUGGAGUUCCUCUAUCAUUAUAGUCCCAAAGAAGAAUGGCAAGAAGCGUCUCUGUGUUGACUAUUGCAAAUUAAAUGCUGUGAUAAAGAAAGACAUAUACCCACUCCCAAAUAUUAACAACGUACUAGACAGCUUCAGGAAAGCUAUCUGGUUCUUUAGUUUUGAUCUGGCUAGUGGCUACUGGACAG